GAUGAUGACGUAACCGAAGAAAUAGAUGGUGUUCUGGCCGCUACGAAAACAAAUAAAGCUACUAUUUUGAGAAAAGCAACCGAAUAUAUUGUAUAUCUAAAAAAGAAAAACCUCGAUCUCAAAUGUGAAAAUGUCAUUUUAAAAAAGAUUAUUGCAGCUAUCCCUGGUGGUAUCGAGUUAUAUGACGCUUAUCUCAAGAUUGAGAGUGAAAUGGAGACUCCGCCGGAUACACCUCCUUCUGAGUUUGACUCUUCUUAUAUUACAUAUCAAUAUAAACCAUCAACUCCUCCCUCUGGAAAUGCUGGCUCAAGAGUAUUGAUGACUUUGUUCAUGUGCAUGACUUUUUUUACGGAUCCGUCGAAAUACGCCCAAUCGGAUUCUCAUCAUCAUCAUCAUAAAGGACAUGUCAUUGCUAAUAACGAUAAAGAAUCUGUAGUUCCAGAUGGAAUUCAUAGUUUAUGGGAUG